AUGGAGAUGACCUGGGAACCGCAUAACGGCGCCACAGAGGAGUCUUAUCUGCAUGAACUAGGUCCACUACGCCGCAAGGAUGAUCAUAAAGUGAGUUAUCUGUUGGAAGACUCUGUGAUCGAAGACAACGGUCGCGUUACGCAGUGGUAUAUCAAGCGCGACAAGAGAGAGGGAGAUCAAAUCAUCGAGCUGUCAUGGCGAAAGCGGUAG